AAUUGGGGAGCAACUUGCCAUCUCCAAAUCAGGCCGUGGAGAUGAUAAAAUCCAUGAAAGCCGGCCGAGUGAAGCUGUACGACGCCAACCCACAAUUCUUGAAGCUCUUAUCAGGAACAAAGCUUCAAGUUUCCAUCAUGAUACCCAACGACCAAAUCUCAGACAUUGCCGCCAACCAGACUAGGGCCGACGAAUGGAUCCUCGACAAUGUCGUCGCUUUUUACCCCGAUACCAUGAUUCGGUUCAUUCUGGUAGGAAAUGAAGUUUUGAGCUACGAUGACCGUCGAGUUUGGCACCAGCUUGUGCCCGCGAUGAGGAGCAUUUGGCGUUCGCUUAAGGCCCGCAAUUUGCAGAUCAUUAAAGUUGGGACUCCGGUGGCUAUGGACGUCUUGGAGUCUGCAUUCCCACCCUCAAGAGGGACGUUUAGAUCGGAUAUACGACGAAGCGUGGUGGCUCCCAUGCUCGAAUUCUUGAACGAGACCAGGUCUUAUUUCUUUGUCGAUGCGUAUCCUUAUUUUUCUUGGUCGGCAAAUCCCAGGGAUAUCAACUUAGAUUUUGCUCUUUUCGAGGCAAAUUUUGAACAGAUCGACGGUGGGACUGGAUUGGCAUAUACUAAUCUUUUGGAUGAAAUGUUGGACUCUCUUAUCUUUGCCAUGGCCAAACUUGGCUAUCCGGACAUUCGUUUGGUGAUCUCAGAGACUGGAUGGCCGACUGCUGGCGAUAUCGAACAACCAGGCGCCAAUAUCCUCAACGCGGCAACGUACAACCGAAACCUAGUGAAGAAGAUGACAGCAAAACCUACGGUAGGGACGCCGGCGAGACCAGGGGUGGUGAUACCGACGUUCAUAUUCGCGCUCUUUGACGAGAACCAAAAGCUAGGGCCGGGAACGGAGCGGCAUUGGGGGUUACUAAGCUCUGAUGGGAGCCCGAACUACGAGAUCGACUUGACCGGAAAGAAGUCGUCGGUGGAGUACAAUCCGAUGCCGGUGGUGGAGAACAAUGUGCCGUUCAAGGGGACGCUGUGGUGCGUGGCGGCGAGAGGGGUGAACUUGAUGGAGCUCGGGGCGGCGAUCACGACGGUGUGCGGCGGAGGAAACGGGACGUGUGAGGCGCUGUCGCCGGGAAAAGAGUGCUAUGAGCCGGUGUCGGUGUAUUGGCAUGCUAGCUAUGCUUUUAGCUCUUUUUGGUCAAAGUUUAGGAGCCAAGGGGCGAGCUGCUAUUUCAAUGGACUUGCUGAACAGACAACCAUUGAUCCUAGUAAUGGAUCAUGCAAGUUCCCAAGUGUGACUUUCUAAAGAAGACUUCAUAGAAUUCUUUUAACUUUAAAAGAACUUCGUAGGAUUUUUCUUUUUCUUUCCUUUUUUUCCCAAAGGGAGAAGAAGUUUAUAAGGCCGAUUUACGAUUAGGAGAAAUAUGUAAUGCAAAAUUUUAUCUUUUUCAGAA